AUUUUAAUGGAUUUUUAAAAAAAAAAUAAAUGUAACGAACAUAUCACACAAUCCACAAUAUCUAAGAAAAGUGUACUGUGACAUAAUUUAUCGCAGUAUCGCUGUUAUAUGGUCAUGUAGCCCAGCUCCUGCGUUACAUUAGUUCCCCUCAGGCUGUGUGUUGCACACCUCACACACGUGUGUGGAGACGGAUGAGGCGCGCAGUGCUGGGUCAGAGGUGUCAGUGAUGAGCUGGAGAGAGUGUGUUGCUUUUCUGAGCAGGAAGAUGAGCUUCUUAUAGUCUGCAAGUCACAACAGCUCUUAUCAUUUCUCCUGCACUGAACGUCUCUCUGUGCACCAGCAACACCUCUCUGUGCACCUGAUUCUUGCGCUCAGUACGGAUUGAGCGAUUAUAGUUGGCCGUUCAGUGUGUCAUCUUCCAGAAAACUGUCGCCUAAAAUGACCCAAGUGGUGAGCCGUGAAAUGUAAAUGGCUUCCAAAGUGCGCGAUGCUGUGGUGUGGUACCAGAAGAAGAUUGGAGCGUAUGACCAGCAGAUUUGGGAGAAAUCUGUGGAACAAAGAGAAAUCAAGUUCAUUAGACUGGGCCUGAGGAACAAACCGAAGAAGACGGGCCAUGUGAAGCCAGACCUGAUCGACGUGGAUCUAGUGAGAGGCUCUGCGUUUGCCAAAGCCAAGCCGGAAAGCCCAUGGACAUCUCUAGCGCGGAAGGGCAUAGUCCGGGUCGUCCUCUUCCCCUUUUUCUUCAGAUGGUGGAUCCAGGUGACGUCCCGAGCCAUCUUUCUGCUGCUGCUGUCCCUUUACCUGCUCCAAGUGCUCGCAGCAGUGUUGUUUUUCAGCAUCUCACAUGCCCAUGACAUCCCAGCCACUGAGGUGUUUGGGGCGUUCUGGCUCAUGCUGCUCCUGGGCACGGUGCACUGCCAGAUCGUUUCCACACGCACCCCGAAACCUGCGCCCAACGCCACCGCCAAGAGGAGAAGGAAGUUAAGGAAGGCAGCACACUUGGAGGUGCAUAGGGAAGGCGAUGGCUCUAGCACUACUGAUAACACACAGGAGGGGGCACCGCUCUCCCCGGGCUCUGCCACCACUCACAGUCUCGCUGCUUUCUUCAGAGAUUUCUGGCAUAAUAUCUUUAAAUCGGGAUCUAAGAAAUUCAAGCUAUCCAUUGAUAAGUCCACAGAGACGGAUAAUGGGUAUGUGUCACUGGAUGGCCGCGUCACGAGCAAGAGCAGCGAGGAGAGGCUGCAGCUCCACGAGCCUCACUGCGACCUGCUGCGCUCCGAGGAGCUGGGCUGGAGCGGCCCGCAGUCCCGCAACAAACUACUGUCCCCCAGCACCAAGUGCAUGCAAGAGUGCCACUUGCACAACGUGGAGAACGUGUCUGAUGAGGCGUCGAGUGAAGAAGACCCUGAGAACUACAGCACACUCCGCAGGGGCGUGGAGCGCAUGAACAGUGACUGCACACUGCGCAACAGAAAAAGCCACCACUACAAGAAACACUAUACAGCAGCGGAGGAGAUGCCGAAGUCAGGCACGAGCUGCAGCUCCCGCUGUUCCAGCCUGCGCACUCAGGACUCGGAGAGCACUCGGCACGAGUCGGAGACAGAGGAUUUGUUGUGGGAGGACUUCCUGCACUGUGCAGAGUGCCGCUCCUCCUGCACCAGCGAGACCGAGGGGGAGGGGUCUGCUGUCUGCCCCGCCUCCAAAAAAGAGUACCGGGACGACCCCUUCCUGCAGGGCCAUGCGCCAUGGCUGCACAGCUCGAACCCGGGGCUGGAGCGUGUGAGCGCCAUUGUGUGGGAGGGAAAUGAGUGUAAGAAGGCAGACAUGUCGGUGCUGGAAAUCAGCGGCAUGAUAAUGAACAGGGUGAACUUGUACACGCCUGGCAUCGGCUACCAGAUUUUUGGAAACCUGGUGGCUGUGACUCUGGGACUCACGCCCUUCGCAUACAGACUUUUCCAAUCCAAAGACAUAGAGCAGCUGUCCUCGCUCUCGGCCAGCGAGAUGAUCUCCAUUGCCUUUGGCUCCUCGUCUGAUGUGAUGGUGAUUGCCAUGGUGUCCGUGAGCUUUGUAGUGCGUGUGUGCCUCAUCUGGCUCUUCUUCUUCCUGCUCAGCGUGGCUGAGAGGACGUACAAGCAGAGACUGCUCUUUGCAAAGCUCUUUGGUCACCUCACCUCAGCACGCAGAGCCAGGAAGUCUGAGGUGCCUCAUUUUCGCCUGAAGAAGGUGCAGAACAUUAAGAUGUGGCUCUCUCUGCGCUCCUACUUGAAGAGGCGUGGUCCCCAGCGUUCAGUGGAUGUCAUUGUCUCAUCUGCCUUCCUCCUCACUCUCUCAGUGGUCUUCAUCUGCUGUGCUCAGUUGCUGCACGUGCACGAGACCUUUCUGGAGUUCCACUAUAACUGGGAGCUGGUGAUCUGGUCCUUUUCUCUCUCGCUCUUCCUGCUGCGCUUUGUCACACUGGGCUCUGAGACCAGCAAGAAGUACAGCAACACCUCUAUCCUACUGACCGAGCAGAUUAAUCUGUACUUGAAAAUGGAAAAGAAACCAAACAAGAAAGAAGAGCUGACACUCGUCAACAAUGUUCUUAAGCUGGCCACUAAACUGCUGAAGGAGUUGGACACUCCUUUCAGGCUGUAUGGCCUCACCAUGAACCCUCUCCUGUACAGCAUCACGCAGGUGGUGAUCCUGUCUGCAGUGUCAGGGGUCAUCAGUGACCUGCUUGGCUUCAACGUCAAACUUUGGAAGAUCAAGUCAUGACCCUGAGCUGUCUGCGCCCCACACACAGACGCCGUGCACAGACGGGCACCUGGAAGGAGCUGCUUCCUCUUCACAGGGGACAAUGAUGAACGUUUAGCCCUUUUUCCCUCUGAUAUAUCAGAGCUCUGGCACUUCAGUCGGGCAAGCGAUUGGUAUUUUUAAUUUACAGUGUUUUUUGAGUCAUCAGACAUUUAGCUGCUAUUGGAAUGUCAAUGUUACAGUAUCAAUGCUUCCUUAGGAAUAUACUAUAUAUAUAUAUAUAUAUAUAUAUAUAUAUAUAUAUAUAUAUAUAUAUAUAUAUAUAUAUAUAAAUAUAUAAAUAUAAUGUGUGUGUGUGUGUGUGUGUGCGUGCGCGCAUGUGUGUGUAUUCUGUAUAUGUAUUUGUAAGCAUGUGUAGCACAAGAUUAUUUAUUAAGGGGUCUCAUGAGCAUGUGAUGAGGUGCCUGGGGGCAGCAGAAGCCAUGGGUGCGGCGUUGUAGGUCACUCGCUCAGCAGCUCAGCAGCUCAGCAGGAGACGGCUGCGUUAGGUCAGACGUGUAGUGUGUGAGCAGGAUAUUCUGAAGCACUGAACGCAGAGCUGAACUGACAGACACACACACACUGAAGCUGAGUGGAGCCUGUGCGUGGGAGCUGGGGCUAGUUUUACUUCUCAGUUAGUGUGUUACGCUGCAUCUUGUUUUUAAUGAUGUGUGAAGAAAGAUUUGGCUUUUUUCAGAUCAGAUCUUUGUACUUGAUGAGUUUCCCCAGCUUUGUUUCGGCUUAUUUUUUUUAAAUAAUGUGAUGAUCUGUCUCCCAUUUCAGCAAUAUGUUUGCGAGACAGCGGGUAGCUGGGACUGAGGCCUUGGUCCUUAGAGGAUUAAGAAAAUCUAUGUAUAGAACGUGUGACGUGUUCACAGUCUAACUCUUACGGUCACUCACAGUUCAGCAGAACAAUCAUUUACAUCUGAGUCCAGUUCCCUGCUCCAUGUUUAAAACAGAGUGUGUGGAGGAGUGUUUAGGGGUGUGUGUGUGUGUGUGUGUGUGUGUGUGUGUGUGUGUGUGUGCCUAGUCUAAGUCAGAAUUGCCUCAAAUUUUGCACUUUAAAGCAAAGAAAUUGUUACUCAUGUCAGAGAGGUGACGCCUCGACGACGCUUUCUUUCUGGUUUUAUACUUCUGCAUUGGGAAGUCAUGUAAGACGACCAAAGUGCUUUUAUUCCGUCUGCUGGAGAUAAAGCUCUUCUUUAAACAAGAUUUUAUCAGACACUUGGUUCAGAAGGCCAGUGGAUGCCGCUUCCUUUGUACCCUUUGCCUGUAUUAUGCUGUUCCUGUUACGUUCUCUGGGUUGGCAUUACGAAUGGUGGAGACCCGUGGUCUUUGCAGUGAACACUAUGAAGGACGAUGGAUCAGACGCGGGAAAAAUACACAAACCAUUGCAUGUACUUUCCAGAGUUUUUGUCUUCACAAUGUUUUCGCCAGCUGGUCAGUUUUUAUGUUUUUAUAUGGAAAUAUUUAUAUAAAGUGUGUAUAAGUUACUCUGAAAAUAUUUAGGUACAGAUAGAGGAUGUGUUGUUUGGACUGCUUUUCUCACAUUAAAACUCUGGUUGAACGCA